UUCGCGAGCUCAAGUCGAAAUUACGUUCGGGGUAUCGGUGUUCAUCCGAUCUAUCGGAAAUAGAAUUAGGGUUUUAAGGUUAGCCCCAAAUUGAAUAAAAACCUUCUAAGUCUUCUUCUCUCGUGCGUAAUAAGUAGCAUCCAGCCAUAAUCCAAGACUUCAGCACCAAUUUACAUCCAGUCUCGAUUUUAAUUGACUGAGAAAUACCACCUGGUUCGUUAAGCCCUAAUUAGUUCCAAGCAAUGGCUCAGCCCAACAAUACUGCUGGAGUUGAUAACACUUUCAGAAGGAAAUUCGACAAAGAAGAGUAUCUGCAACGCGCUCGUGAGCGUGAAGAAAAGGAGUUGGAAGGCCGUUCUAAAUCAAAAGGUCCUCCAGUGCAAAGGAAACCCUUGAAGCAUAGAGAUUAUGAAGUGGACCUCAACUCUCGCUUGGGGAAGACUCAGGUUGUCACUCCAAUUGCACCCCUUAGCCAGCAGGCUGGAUACUUCUGCUCUGUUUGUGAAUGUGUAGUGAAAGACUCUGCAAACUAUUUGGACCAUAUCAAUGGGAAGAAACAUCAAAGAGCCUUGGGAAUGUCUAUGCGUGUAGAACGUGCAUCUCUUGAACAGGUUCAGCAGCGAUUUGAAAACCUGAAGAAGCGAAAAGAUCCUGGAACCUUCACUGAGCAAGAUCUUGAUGACCGGAUCUUAAAGCAACAGCAAGAAGAGGAGGAAAAGAAGCGUCAAAGGCGAGAAAGGAAAAAGGAAAAGAAGAAAGAGAAGGCAGUAGAGGAGGAAAUCGAGGUGGACCCUGAUGUUGCAGCUAUGAUGGGAUUUGGAGGUUUUGGUUCUUCCAAAAAGUAAAACAAGACUGACUAUACUUGUUUAAGUUCUUAAUCACAACUGCAUCAACAAGUUGAUCUGGAUGAGCUUUUGAACUGGACUGGAACCGAACCGGUUUUGAACCAAGACCGAGUUGGGCAAUUUGGAACCGGUUCUGAGCAAUAUACUUUGAAAUAGGGACAUCAGUGAUAGUGAUGCGGCUGGUGUUAGUUUGCAUACUUUGAAUAACAAUGUACUCUGAAAUAGAGACAUUAGAUUGUGUUAGUUUUGUCCUAUGAGAUGGUUUUCACUUUGAAUAACAAUGUACUUUGUCCAACCAUCAUAGACUUUUAGAAAUAUUAAGAAAGCUCGACUUAAAUUAUAUGUUGUUAUAGGUCAGAGAAGGUACAAUAAAUAUUUUAGAAAUAUUAAGAAAGCUAACUUAAAUUAUAUGUGUUGUUAGAGUGGAGAAGAUACAUUUUUUAGCUACAUCAACCUUGCCAUCUAUUCACAUUAAUUUAUGCCAUCCGUUCCCUCAUUGGAUGUUUUCCCCUAAUAUGGAAUCCAUAACUUAAAAUAGCA